AUGGAAACAGUUUCUUAACAAAUCAAACAACUCAACCAAAAAAAUUAAGAACUCUCCAUCCUUGAAAACAGAAUUGUUUAAUUGAAAUAACAAUUGAAUUUACAACAAGCAAACAAUAAUAUCUUAAAAACAAAAGUUGAUAAGAUAGUUCAUUCCAAAAAACAAAAAUUUUAUGACUAAAUGAAGGUAAUCUCAUUACAAACAGGAUUUAGCUAAAAUAGAUACUUUAAGAUAGUGCUGUAAAUAAUGACGGUGUUCAAUAUGUAGCGUAGAGAAAUAGAGUUCUAUUGAAUGAAGAACUUAGAUAAACUAAAUAAGACAUGUUAGAAGAAAAGUAUCUUCAAACUUAAUAGAUGAAAUAAUAAUUAGAUUUUUAGAUGCUUAUAAAUUAAAAGAAGAGAGAUCAAUAACUAUAAGAAAAAUAGAAAUAAUAUGCUAAAGUAACUCAAAUGAUAUUAUUUAAUAGAUUUCUGAAUGGGAAUUCAACUUAAAAUUAGAUCUUAAAUAAAGACAAAUUGAUAAAAUUGAUAAAAUUAGAUCAGAAGAAAAAGAAUUCAAAGAUCAUUUAGCUAAAAGAAUGUAAGAAUAAUAGUAGUUAUGCGAUUAAAUGUCUAAUGAAGAAUAAAUAUUAUUAAGGUAUAUUAAUAUUUAAUCUUUUUAAAGUAAAUUAAGGAAUUCCUAAUAAUUUGGAAGUUCACUUAAGAAUGAUUUAACAACUGCCUUGAAUUUAAGUAUUAAGGAAUAUAACAAUAAUCUUAACACUUCCAUGCCUGCUCAUAUAAAAUCAUAUAGUUCUUCAAAACUCCCAAAAGAACAAUAAAAUAGUCCUUAUGCUUAGUUACCUACUAUGCUUAAAAUGAAGAUGAAUACAUAAAUAAAUAAGAGUAAGAAUAAUAAUGCUUCAUUUCGAGAAUCUCUAAUGAAAGAAUAUCAAUUCUCUCUCCCUUCUCUUUGUAAACCUUCCUUUAUAGAAUAAUAAUAGUAAGUUGAUCGAUUGUAUUAAUCAAAAACAGUAAAGAAUAGUAAAGCAGAUUUGUAAUAGAUUCUUAAUUAUUGUGAUUCUAAAGGAAAAUUAGAUUAGAAAUCAAAAUUAAGAAUAAAUUCAAGUGAAGUAAUAUAACAUUAAGGGAGUACUUCAACAAUGAAGGAUAAUAAAUAAAAUUCAUAAGACUAACAAUAAAGUAAAUAAUAAUCAUCAUAAGAAAUCAAAAAUAAUAGUGAAGAGGAAGCAGACAAUCAGUAUUAAUAAGAAGAAUAAUAAUGA